CUUUUCUAGUUAUUGUAACCUUCACUUGUCGGGGGUGUUAUAAAUUUUUAAUUUACACUUGUUCUAACAAGGCUCUAUCUAUACAGGAUUCCCCAUUUUAUCCUAAUCGUAUCUUAGUGCACACUGCACAGCUGUGGUCUGGCGGCAUAUCACCCUAACAAUAGGUACAACAGAAUGUUCAAAAGAAAAAUUAAUAAAAACCAUCAAUUCAUACAGACUUUUUUUCCCAAUCCCAUACAGAUUCUAAACACCAUUGUCUUUACAAAAAAAUUCAAAAAGUAAAUUCUAUUUGAAUGGCAGUUAGUUUUAAUUUAUGUGUAAGUAGUAUACGUGUGUGAAAUUAUCUACCUGUAAAUAAAUAAAUAACUUUCAUAAAAAUUUUGUAAAGCUCGAAAGGAAAGAAAUCAAAAAUAAUACAUAGCCUAGAUGACGUCAAAAUAAAUGAUGUGAUAAGUUAUUAUUUAACUAGACAACAAAAUAAACAAAACAAAAUGGGAAAAGACCUGUUAAAUAAAAUAAAGCUAUAAUGUAUAAGGAGUUAAAGGUAACUCUGCUGACACUAGUAUUCAUGGAAGUACUAGUAAAAUGUUCAAAAGUGAUAGACGAGAAAUCACAACAAGCGAUAUAUCCUGCCAACUACUGCAAGAGAAUAGGGAUAUGUGCCGAGGGGACCCAUGUCAUGUGCACGCACUUCAAUCCCAACAAAACAAAGGGACCGCUCUGUACAGGCACAGAAGAUGUGUCAAUUAACGAGGACUACGCUAAACUACUGCUUGAUUUACUUAAUGUGAUAAGAAGCAGAUCAGCUCGAGGCAAGACGUUUGGACUUGGAAAUCUUACUCUACCGAGAGCUUAUGGGAUGUACCGAUUGGAGUGGGACCCUGAACUAUCCACGUUGGCCCAAGUGUGGGCUAACACUUGUACCAUAGGUCAAGACAUGUGCCGAGCUACAGAAAGGUUCCCUGAUCCGGGACAGGUGCUAGGCUUGACCCGUUUCGAUGAAAACUGGAUUCCAGUUAACGCUCGAACUCUUUUCAACUACACUGGAUUCAGUUUGGAAAAAGUUGUAUACGGCAUUCAUUCCACGCUGAGAUCGUGGUACAGAAGUAAAGAGAACGUACACCCUGAUGACAUCACGGAUCAAAAUUAUAUAUGGCCCAAACAUCUAUCUUCAAAUAGUUUUUUGGAGAUCAUCCACGGCAGAGCCACCCACGUCGGCUGUGGGAUUUCAGUCUUCAUAGAAUUCGACUACGCUGUAUCGAAGGAACACACCUUGAAUUUGUUUCAUCAUGUUGUCCGUGUAAUCUGCAACCUAUCAUCACGGAUUCUCAGUACGCCGAGAAAGUACCGAGUAUACACGACGGAUCCUCCCACAGAAGUGGGUUACACCGUCAAAUGUGGUUGCCCGCUCGGCUAUGACGAAGAUGACGACUGCUUGUGCUACGAAAGUGGCAGACAACUGCCGUUUUCCUGUAAGGGGAAAGAAUGUAAGCCCGCAGUUGUGAUUUUGCCCAUAAUCACCGUCGAAAACGCACCACCUUCCAAACUCAGCGCCGAAUACAGAAAUGAAAGCAAUUGCAAAAUGAUGAAGACUGAAAUAGAUCCAGGCUACCAAGAUAAUACUCAUCCAACGGGACAUAAUUUAAGAGGAAGUAUAUUCUUAAAGCCAUCUGUAUUUGAAUUACCUCAAAGAAAACUUAAGACUUCUGAAAGUAAAGAAACUAAAUUAGUCAAAAAUGAUGUAAGUCCGAGAAGAGAUUUUUCAAAUGCACGCAAACUUGUUUCUAAGUAUUUAAAUACAAGACUCAAAACAAUUACAGAUAAAGACGUAAAUUUACCGCUUACCGUUAAAAAUAGUGCAUUUUCAGCCAUAAAACUACAAAAUAUAAGUCAAGUAAGUCAUACCAAUGAUGCAGAAAAAGAAGAUUUUGAAAAAACGAGGCUAAGGAUAGUUUUUGAUAAUUUAAUUUUACCAAGAAACACAAUUAAUACGAAGUCACCAAAAGUUAAAACAAAUAGUAAAAUAAUGAGUUUGUUAAACAAAUUAGAAGAAGAAGCUGAAAACGUUCAACUAGCUUGCGACAGAAAAAAUGUUUUAGAUCAUAAAAUUCGAAAAAUUUAUAACACAUUUGUUGAAAAAGCUGUUUCUACCAGGAAAAGUAGCAACAUUAAUGAAGUUAAAGAUAAAACUACAAACUUAGAUGAAUUUUUAGGAAACGACAGGCUACAUAAACAUGAAGAGCAAUUUAGUACCAUAAGAGAAAAAGAUCUCAAUAAAUUCAAAAAUAAUCAAAUAUCAAACAAAGAAGGCCUAAGAAACAGCAAAACCUCUGUAAAAGUAAAUCAACUUGACAAUAAUUUUAAAGAUACAUCGUUUAGUAAUAAAAAAUAUCGCGAAUUGUUUGGAAUACGAAACAUGCAUGGUAUAAGAAAUAAUCAAAAUAACAAAAGAGAGGAAACAAAUGAUUUUAAUAAUGAAAACACUCUUUCGAGGCGGGACGACGAUAUACUAACUCUUGAAAAACGAAAGUUUUAUCAAGACAAACUUGAUUAUUUAGAAAGAAAACUUCAAGUUUUUGAUAAUAAUGAUAGAAAUAGAGACAAAGUAAAUGCCUGCCGACCAACACAUGAGAAGAAUGCUGCCAACCUAUCACCAACUUCAAAAUCGUAAAAGGCCA